UGCAGUAUCUAAUAAUACUUUCCUGUUUUUGGCUCUUGGUAAAACAAGGAAAAUAAAGGAAAAUGCGGAGUUGUUUUCUGUUUGGUUGCCGGGAAUUAAUAUAUUACGGGAAGGAAAAGAGAAUGUGAAAAAGCAAUGAACUUAUCUCUGUUCAAUUUCCUAGAAAAGAAAAUUGUGGGUGGGGUUUUAUGAACAUAUAUAAGGUCUCACUCUCACAUAAGGUGCAUAUACUCUGUUUGGUCGCUGAGAAAACGAUGUAAAGAAAAUCCAUGUUAACUCUUAACCAUCCCAAUUAGUUUUUUUUUUUUUAAAGCCCCCCAGUUCUCGCUUUCUCUUUGUUUGAUGAAAGAUGCACUAAAUCUUGACGACCAAGAAACCGAUCAGUCCCAGAACUUCUUUUCUUGCUCAUCAAAAUGAAAAAUUUCCUAGGAGUUUUCUUGAAGCGAAAGAUUGUAUGAUACUACAAGAAGAAGGUCAAGGGAUGCAAAGCAAAGGCAUUGAAAGAGAAGGAGACAAUGCCGAGACUGGCCAUCUAUCUGAGAGAGUACAGUGCAUGACCCUUCACAAGAGAGGAAGGAGUACAAAAGAGGUUUCUAGGGGAAAGUAUGGUCUGUGGAGACAAGAGCAGAAUACUAGAGCAGCAAGGCUAGAGAAACAACUCAAAACAAGCUGGAAAAUUGAGGAGCUAAUUGAAGAGCAAUUGAAUAGGUUCCCUUCUAACUACCACAGUGCUGUGUUCCCAGCCAGGCUCAAGGAUGUUCCCAGGCUCCUCAUGCCUAAAUGGUUGCUGCCUCAUGAAUUAACCACUCUGGCCUGGCUUGGGGAUUGGCGGCCCUCUUGCAUUCUAGACCUCGUCCAUGCCCUGGUCCAAUCCUCAUCAUUCUCACUGUCAUCUUCUUCAUCCAAUUCAAAUGGUGUUGAGAGGCUCCUAGCACAGCUUACUCAUGAAAUACGCAUUGAGGAGGCGAUAAUAAAUGAAGAAAUGGCUGAGAUUCAAGCUACAUGUAUCAUUCACCUUCCCUUUGCUCCUGUCAGAAAUCAUCGAAGUGGUGCUACUGCGUUGAGUUGCAUUCAAGCUGAGUUCAAGAAGAUAGAAAGAGUAAUUACCAAGGCCCAGCAACUGAGGUUUAAGGCGUUAGAGCUGGCAGUGAAGAAAGUUUUAAGGCAAAGUGAUGCGGCAGAAUUUCUAGUGGCAUUUGCAGGAAUUCAGGAUGUGAUCCACCAGUUAGCAGCAAAACAGAAGUUACCAAAAGGUCCAGCCAUUCUGCCUGCCCUGGCCUUUGGCCCUGCUUAAGAGCUUUGUAGCUGUAAGGAUCUUUUAAUGGCAAAGAUCAGUACUCUGGAAAGGUCUAUAUCAGAAUCCAACUAAAGUUAGUGGAAAUGUAAAGAUUUGUAGAUAUUACUGACUUGACUUACCAUGUUAGUUAGCUGCAAAUAUAGUUUAGCAUUGGAAACUGCAGGUUAAAUGCAGGUUAAAUAGAUACUCUUAUCACUUUGUGGGACAACUUUUUGUUGUCCAACUCAUUAUAUGGAAAGAACUAAGAACAAGAGUGCAUUACUUUUCCAUGUUCUUACUUUCCUGGAAAUGUAGU